GCGCGCUGGCCGCUCUUCCUUUCCGCUGGCUGCUCCGCCAUGGCUCCCCCCCAGAAGAAGCAGAACACCAGCAAAGGUGGUAAGAAGAAAAAACAGGUCCUUAAGUUUACCUUGGACUGCACCCAUCCCGUUGAAGAUGGCAUCAUGGACGCUGCCAACUUUGAGCAGUUUCUCCAGGAGCGCAUCAAGGUAAAUGGGAAAGCUGGCAACCUUGGUGGAGGCGUCGUGUCCAUUGACAGGAGCAAAAGCAAGAUAACCGUGUCUUCAGAGGUGCCCUUCUCCAAAAGAUACCUGAAAUAUCUGACCAAGAAGUACCUGAAGAAAAACAAUCUUCGGGACUGGCUGCGUGUUGUGGCUAACACCAAGGAGAGCUACGAACUGCGCUACUUCCAGAUUAACCAGGAUGAAGAGGAGGAGGAGGAUGAGGAUUAAAUUCGUGCGAUUUUGUACAUUCAUUAAAUUUGUGUAGAGUACAAG